AGUUCAGGAAGUAUUUUCUUAUCAGUUAGAUUAAUGCCAAACGACCAUAAAUAUCAUAUUGUGGGUGUCACCAAUUACGUAUACUACUUUAAUUACGUAGAUUGAUAAGAAAUUGCUAUAAGUAUAUAUAUUAACACGGUAUUAAAUAACAAGAACUUAAUAACAAUAUAAUACGACAGUGAAAAUAAAGAAAACCAAAAAUGGUUCUGCGUCAUCGUGUACAGGGAUACGAAAAUUUCUUUAAAUUCGUUGAAAAUUUGAAAGUUAACGAACCGGUUUAUGUACUUUAUAGCGGUACAAAACUUCCUAAUGGCAAAAGUUGGUGUUCUGACUGUGUCGAAGCUGAACCUUUUAUAGAAGAAGGAUUUAAGGCUGCGCCUGAAACAGUGCAUUUAGUUGAAGUUGAAGUUGGCGAUCGACCAUACUGGAAAGAUCUGACUUGUCCAUUUCGUACGAAUUCCACAACAAAGUUGAAAGUUUUGCCAACAUUAGCAAGAUGGGGUACACAGAAACGCCUGGAAGGUGACCAGUGCCUAAAAGUUGACCUGAUUGAAAUGUUACUGACAGAUGAGGAUAAUUAAAUAAUUCAGGUUUGUACAUUGCAUUAAUAAAAUAUAAAAUGUGCAACUCUGUAAGGCUCCUAUGUUAAACAUUCUGUCUAAAGUUGUUUGCUAUAAAAUUGUUUUAUUGUUAAAAACCUUAGGA